CACCGCUGCCACCGUCACCCGCCCGGCCAGCCAUGGCGCCCCGUGGGUCCCUGCUACUGCUGGCCCUGCUGCUGCUGGCCUCCGCCGUCCCCCGCUGCCCCGGCCAGCACUGGUCCCACGGCUGGUACCCGGGGGGCAAACGGGACCUCGCCCCCCCCCCGGGCCCUGCAGGUCUCGGUCCCGUUCUUUCGCUGCCGCCCCCCCCCCGUGCCCCCCUGGGCGGGAGGAGCCGUUGCUGGGGGCUGCGCUGCGCCGCCGCUGAGCGGCACCCACCGACAGACCCCCCCCCGGGACCGACGGACAGACAGACAGACCCCCCCGCGACCGACAGACACCCCCCCCCCCCGCCAAGCCGAGGAAUAAAUGGAGCCUUCCCUUUCCCAUGA